AUGGACACCGUAGUCCAUCUGUUGUUGAGCCAUUCGCGUGAUCGUGACCUCCAGCUUAUAUCCGCUGUUCUGACAUGUCUGGGAGACGUAAGCAGCACGUACGACGUCAUAAAGAUGCUCUGGCGUCCUACAGCUGCAAUAUCUAAAGAAACAAGCAACUCUUGGAAAGUGGUCUCUAGGGCGCGAAGUGGGGUUUCGUACGAAGUGACUGUCAACGAGUCAACCUGUGACUGCAAUGAAAAUGCAAGCAAAGUCGAACUUUGUAGUCCGUUGGAAUGCAUGCUAGCCGUUUUGUUGAAGGAUCGUAUCUUUGUAGCAAUGAAGACGCCUAUAUAA